CUUCACAACCAGCACCAGCAUGGCCGCAUCGUCAUCUGCUGCCGAGGAGGAGGGUCUGGAGAAGGCCUCGGCCGCCCGCCAGUUCUUUGAGGACUUUUACUCGGCAACGGGUUCGUAUGUUGUUGGCCGUAUCAACCGCUACACAGAGUUGCAGAACCGCAUCGACUCUGGCGAGCUGUCUGGUGCUGCCGCAGAAGCUGCUCGUGAUGAGUUUGCCCUUGCAGAGCGCCGCUUCUUGCGGCAGAGGCGCAAGCGAAUCAAGCUCCAUGACUUUGACCUCAUCAAGAUGGUGGGCAAGGGUGGAUAUGGUGAGGUGUAUCUUGUGCGCAAGAAGGACACGACCGAGGUGCUCGCGCUGAAGAAGAUGAAGAAGUCGGCGAUUCUCAAGUCGCAGACGGAGAUCACGCACCUGCGGACGGAGCGCAACGUGCUCGCCAACCAGCAGUCGCGGUGGCUGGUGCAAAUGGUGUACUCGUUCCAGGACGCGGCCAACGUGUACAUGGCGAUGGAGUUUGUGCACGGCGGUGACGUGCGGACGCGGCUGACGGCUGUGGACACGCUCUCCGAGGCUGACGCGCGGUUCUACAUUGCCGAGAUGUUCCUCUCCGUCGACGCUCUCCACCAGGCCGGCUACAUCCACCGUGACCUCAAGCCGGAGAACUUCCUCAUCGACUCGAAUGGACACAUCAAGCUGACCGACUUUGGCCUCUCCAAGGGCAACAUGCUCACCAUCCAGUCGCAGACGAUGAAGCGUGGCAUGCUGCCGAGCUCCAAGGACGGCGACCGGCGGUCGAUCGGCGCCCGCAAGCGCGUCUUUGGCUCGAUCAAGCGCAACGCCCGCGAGCUCGCCUUUUCCCUCGUUGGCUCGCCCGACUACAUGGCUGUCGAGAUGCUCCGUGGCGAGGGCUACGACUUUUCCGUCGAUUACUGGGCUCUUGCCGCCAUUCUCUUCGAGAUGAUUGUCGGCUUUGCCCCGUUUGCCGACGACGACAUCGAGGCUGUCUUCCGCAACAUCUUCAACCACGAGGUGACCCUCAACUUCCCCGACAUCUACACGUACAUGUCGCACGAGGCAUGGGACCUCAUCACCUCGAUCCUCAAGGAGCCCGCCGACCGGCUCGGCAAGGGCGGCAUUUCGGAGAUCAAGUCGCACCAGUUCUUCGACUCGAUCGCGUGGAAGGCGCUCGGGACCGAGUCCGGGCCCUCGCCGCCCUGGGUUCCCGAGCUCUCGGACGACACCGACACCCGCUACUUUGACGUCUACGAGGAGGAUCCCAACGCGGUUGCCGCCGAGGAUGCCGCCGACGCCGAUGCCAAGUUCCAGGCCUUCCCGGCCUUUACCUUUAAGCGCCGCCGCCCGGACGCCUCGUCGUGAGGCGCUCCGCAGGCCGCCGCCGCUUGAUGCACCCCCCGAGUCGAUAAAAGAACAGUCCGCUG